AUGGCCACACUCUUCGACUCCAUCGCCGUCGUUCGCCUCCCUUCUUCCGCUUUCUCCCCCGUCGCCGCCCGCCGCGCCUCCGUCAAGCUUCCGCUCUGCGUCGGCCUCAGACUUCGACCCGCCGCACGCUUCGUCGCAGCCUCCGCUCCCAGAAUCGCCCCACGCGCCGCGCGCCUUGUGUGCGAGGCUCAGGAUACCGCCCUCGAUGUGGCUCCUAUUACUGAUGCAAAUUGGCAAUCCCUUGUCCUUGAAUCUGAUUCUGCUGUUCUGGUUGAAUUUUGGGCUCCAUGGUGUGGCCCCUGCCGAAUGAUUCACCCUAUAAUUGAUGAGCUUGCAAAGCAAUAUGCUGGGAAGCUCAAAUGCUACAAACUCAACACUGAUGAGAGCCCUUCAACUGCAACUCGGUAUGGAAUUCGAAGCAUCCCCACUGUUAUGAUCUUCAAGAAUGGUGAGAAGAAAGAUACAGUCAUUGGAGCUGUGCCCAAGUCAACAUUGACCACAAGCAUAGAAAAAUUCGUUUGA